UGCCAUGCCAUGCGGAUUUCCUUCAAGAAGCUUAGCGAUUUAAAGUGAUAUAUAUAGCAAUGUUAUAUUAAUAAAAUGAAUGAAAUAUCAAAUACUAAACCUUUAGAGGUGACAUCUUCAUUAUUAGAUGCGUUUGAGUUAUUAAAAGCAAACAAAGAUGAUGUGAAACUAAAUGGCGGUGUUAGAAUAAUAUCACGCCUUGUGAACGAUGAGGGCGAAAAAGAAAUACAGUAUGUUUUACGAAGAGUGGUUAGAAGUCUGGGUGCCAAUGUCCCUGAAAUGCGAACUGGACAUUUUGCAAUGCUUGUUGCAUUGUUAACUAACUUUGAACAGAUAUCUGUUUCACAAUUAUUUGAGCUGAUUAAAAAAGAGUUACAUGCCAAUGGAUCAUCUAAAAGUGAAGUUGGUGAUGUUGCACUUGGUCAGAUCCUAGUAUGCAGUGCCAUUUUCCGAUCUGGCCGCAUGUUGAAAUGUACGGAAGAAGAACAAAAACAAAUAAUGACAAUUUUAAUGAAAGCCAGUAACAAGAAAUCUUAUUUGAACACUGCAGCAUAUGUCUUGUUAUUAGAUUUUAUCAAUGGUCUUGACGAAGACCAAUUCUCAUUAAUGGUAUGGUCAAACAUUAAAGAGGACUUUAAAAAAGACUUGAAGGAAUACCAUUUGGACUCCCUUUAUUUUCUUCUAGUAGUUAGUACAAAGUUUCCCAAAAAAGUCAAAGUAAAAAAAUUGUUGUCUGUCCCUGAAAUACUACUUGAAGAUAAUUUAAAAACAAUAUGUGAAAAAUUACUGGCGGGAAUUGAUUUCAGUUCAGUAAAUCACCCUAUUUAUAAAGAAAUUGGAAGGCAAAUUGCAAAAUCGUCAAAUUUAGUACAAUUUUGGGUGACAGGUAUUGACAGUCAACUUACGAAACAUAAUAGAAACAGGGAACUUGUUUGCAUUUCCCUGCUCACUACAAUACUACAAAAUCUAGAUGACAAUGUUGAAUUGAUUCCUGAACUAUUAAGUACAAACUUUUUUAAAUUAUUCAUGGAUUGGUUCAAAGGUCUACAAACAGCCAGUAAGAUAAGAAAUAAACGAGACAAUGAAGAUGAUAAUAAAAUAAUGAUUAAGAAUCAAAAGGAAUUACUGAAUGCAUUAGCAAAAUCGUUAAAAUCAGACAAAGUUACUAGUGAAGUAAGAGUUGAAACUUUAAAGAAACUACUAUUUAAUCCUGGAGAGAUUAAUUUUUCUGAAGUCACAGGAACUUCUAUAAUAAAAUCUAUAGCUGCUGAUUUAGAUAGCGACGGUGUAAAGAAAAUAGCUAAGCUGUUGAAAAAUGUUCUCAUGAAUGCUUCAAAGAAAACCGUUAAAGAGGAUGUUGAAAGAAAUUGGUAUAAUAAUGAGAGAGUGAAAGCAGCAGAGCUUCUCUCAUUUCUGGUGAGUCAUGAAGCUGUGAAAGAUGAUACGGAAUUUAAAAUUACAAAUAUGAAGUUAUUAAUGUGUUUUGGAUUCUUCAAAAUUGGCGGAGACGAGACUGUUGCUGUGAGUGGUGAACUAGCAGGUUCAAUCAAGUCUUGCUUCUACAGAUGUUUCUCAUCACGUUUUUCGAAUGUAGACAACUUAGUUACUGUUUUAUCAUCAUUGUGCAAUUUCAUAUCAACAAUAUUAGAAAAGGAACAAGUCAGGGCAAAAAUUGAAAAGCAGUUUACAACUGAAAAUAUGGAAUGUUGGCAAAUGGUAACAGAUAUAUGUGAAAAAAUAGAAGAUGUUGAUUCAAAAUCGAAAGUAGACAAUGUUUUUCUGAUACUGCUCUAUCAGUUGGGACUGUUUUUAUUUUCGGAACCUGCACAUGUUAAAGUUGCUAGGAGUUCUAUAAAAGAAUUGAAAAGUUGCUAUGAACAUUAUAGGAAGGCAAAUGUAAUAGUUAAACGAAAGAAGCAAGAAACAUCAAGUGAUGAGCCUGAAUGGAUUGAGGUGUUGAUUGAAGUGUUACUAUCCAUAUUGUCAAUUGAAUCCAGUGUACUUCGUUCUGUAGUACAAUGUGUUUUUCGAUUGCUCUGGGAGUAUUUGACACCAUCGUCUAUUGGACAAAUAGUGUCUGUUAUAGAUCCUGAAAGUGAAGCAAAUCCACUAACAGUAGACAGUGAGUCAGAAGAUGAUGACAAAGAUGAUGAAUCUGAUAACGACGAUAAUACUGACAAUGAAGAUGAAAAUACUUCAAAAAUGAAUGGGGACUCUGAAAACGAUAGUGAUAAUAGUGACAGUGACGGUGAUGAUAAUGACGAUGACGACGAAGAAAUGAAAAUACCAGAUCAAUUGAGAAUGGCAGUACAGAAAGCGUUAGGUAGUGCAGCACCGGACACUGACACAGAAAGUAUAGAUGCUGACGCAAUCAACGAAGAAGAAGGCAAGAAACUUGACGAUGCUCUUGCAGAAGCAUUUAAACAGUUUCAGCAAGGCAAGAAUAAGAAAUCAAAAAAAGAUCGCAAAGAUAAAAAAGCUUUAUCAGAUUUUAGAGUCAGGGUAUUGGACUUAAUUGACAUUUAUUUGGAAAAGGAUCCAGCGAUGGAUGUUUGUCUAGCUAUGAUAGCGCCGUUAACAAGGUGUUUAGAGUUCUGUAUGCAAGACAAUCAAUUAAUAGAAUUGGAAAAUCGAGUUAGGAAAACUAUAAAGAAUCUAUGUAAAAUCAGAAAAUUCUCUUCCACACAGGAUGUUACAAUUGACAUAUUAAGUGACUGUUUGAAAUCAAUUAUUGACAAAGGUGGACGGUCACACUUCAUGUUUCAAGCAUUAGGUGAUGUUGUCACUUUCUUUGCCACAUUUAUAAUACAUUGUUCACUUAAAGUUACUGUCAACACACCUAAAAAGAAAAAGCCUUCAUUGCUUCUUGACAUUUUUAAAGAUGCUCUUCAAAACUAUUUCCGAAAUCGAAACUGUUUGCUUCCAAUAAUUUUCUUUCACAAUGUAUUGCAAACGGAAUGGGAUGAUACAUACGAUCUUAUCACUAUAACAUUGGAAAAUAUUUUUAAUAAAGAUGUACGCCAUUUUCGACGUAACGAAGGUAUUGAGCUUCUGUCAGGAUUUUAUAGAGCACUGAAUAGGAAUAAGCCAUCUACAGAAACUCUUUUGACGAAAUUAAAUCACAUAGAAAGUGAAUUUGAGAAACAGCUUUCAACCGUUGUUACACUUGGUGAAGAGUUUAAAGUAAAGACUAACUUCGUUACAUUAUUAAAAAAAUUGAUAAAUACAAUGAAAGGUUUCCAUCAAAGUAGUCAAAUUAAAACAAAUUUGAAUUUUCAAACUUUGUUAAAUUUGGUAAAUCAAAUAAAGACCACAGGAAAAUGUGAAAAUGUUAAUAAUCAAGCAAAUAAAAAUCCUCAAAAAUCUAGUAAAAAGAAGAGAAAUAAAAGAAAAAAAUCACAAAACGGACUCACUGAGCCUCCAAUGAAAAAAGUUAAAAGAGAUGUUAACUCGACAGUUAAGUAA